GCCGAGUACAUCAAUGGCGGGGUUGACUACAACAGGGCAUACAACUGGGUAACACUUGCCCAAUACCGCCUCGGACUCGACCACCACCCUUGUGAGGACGCAGCCUGAUACGUUGCAGCCGGAGUCCGUCUGCCGCAAUCGGACCACAUGGGCGCGGUUGUUUCCGACCUAUCUCCCCGGAACGCCCUAACGCUGAACUGGGAGUCUCGCGUUGCGCUUCUCAGGGAUUUGAGUUCCAACUUCCAAGUCGGCCGUACCUCCGCCUUCACUGCCCCAAAACUAACGAUCAAAAACCACAGGCAUUAUAUCGACCACCAGGACUGCAAGUUCCUGGGCCGAUCUCAGCGCCACGGGUUCCCCCCAAUCAUGCUGUGCUCUGGUAUCGCAAGCCCGGGCUGCGUGGCUCACGUUAUCGGCGGCAUCGCGCUGGUCAACGUCGAAUCCAUGGUGGUAUGGUAACAAGUACCGCUGAUCAUGGUUCGGGCCAUGGAGUCUAGGCGACCAUGACCCCGAUGGAUGUCGCUGUCGUGGACGGCAAGCUGGGACCCUUCAUCCUACCCGAUGAACGGAAUCCGACGCUCUGCAUCUAUGAGCCCACGUGACGAGCUCCCGUUGCUGCUGCCCACAGGACAGAACAAGUGGGGCCAUUUGAAGCUUCUCGUUGGAGCCUGUGUUCGCUGGGCUUUCUUCGAACAGGAAGGGGAGGCUGCGUAUCCGCGAAGAGGGCUUCAGCCGCCAAGCUGGAACCCGUGGAACACCGUCGCUCACCGACCCGGCUGCCCCGCGAGAAUGGUGAUGAGCGUGGACAGGGAAACGCCUCCUCGUCUCGAGUGAGGGCGGGCCCGGCCGCCUUUCAUGCAUGCGAAGGCAAACUUGGGUCUGGUUGAAAGCGAAUGAUAUUGAGCAGGCUCAACGAGGUGGUGUCGCCCAAAGAGGUUGCCGGAGCCGCCAGUGAAGGCGAAGGUGAUGAUUCGAGUAGCAACAUGUAAGAGAACUGGACCAAGUGCUUGCUUAGCAAUUGCUGCAUCACCACGAUCUUCAUCACCCAACUGUUGCACGCCGCCGCCGGCGACCAAGUACAACUUUAACUAUCCGUGGAAGAUCACAUACCCGGCUCUCCAACAACAGCUCCAGUGGCAGGAGGCCAACAAGUAUCUCGGGCAUCAUCCACUGCGGCUUGCCCAUUUCUAGCACCGCGUUUUCGGGCCAGAUCGUCAUCAAACAUGGCGGCGGGCGUAAUCAAGUCGGCAACCCGUUACGGCAGGCGAAAACAGUGCUGCCAGGAUGGUCACCGGCUUGCGGUUCGAUGGAGCCGGCAACGGCGAGUGGAAAUAUACGUACUCAAACAGCGAGCUGGGCACCAUUACGCUUGACAACGCUCUCAGCAUCGCGAACUUGAGUACCGCACCGUGUCUUAUUCGGCGCAUCUUGGCGCUGCCGCCGUCCACAGCCCGCG